AAGUUUAUUUGCCUACAAAUGCCUCUGAUAAGAGUACUAACAUUCACAUAAAUAUUUGAUUUAAUUUCCAGUCGGUGUAUAUCCGCGUAGCAAGAAGCAAUACUAAAAUUCUAAGCUAAAAAUGUUGAGUUUCAGAAAGACACUUGAUAAAUGCCGCCAUUUUGUGCGUAAAUGUGCAAAUUAUAAAUAUUCAACUGUUUCGGGUGUUUCCAUGACACCGAAGCCCAAUUCUAAUCCGGAGGUUAUAUACACAGGCAUUUUUUAUAAUAAUGAAUGGCAUAAGAGUAAAUCCGGCGCGACAUUUGAAACAAUCAACCCGAGCACUGGUAAAAUAAUCACCAACAUACAAAAAUCAAGCGCGGAGGAUGUUAAUAUGGCGGUACAAGCGGCUAGCGAGGCUUUUAGGUUAGGAUCACCAUGGCGCACAAUGGACGCAUCGGAAAGAGGUUAUUUACUACAAAAAUUAGCGGAUUUAAUGGCUAGGGAUGCAGAUUAUAUCGCGAGUUUAGAAAGUUUAGACAAUGGUAAACCUUUCAUGUUUGCCCAUCAUGUGGAUCUCCUAAGCUCCGUUAAAAUUUUCCGCUUUUUCGCGGGUUUCGCCGAUAAAAACUUCGGAUCAACCACACCAAUCGACGGUAACUACAUAGCACAAACCCGGCAUGAACCCGUCGGCGUCUGCGGGCAAAUAAUCCCCUGGAAUUUCCCGAUGUUAAUGUUUGCAAUGAAAGUGGCACCCGCAUUAGCCACUGGUAACACUGUCGUUGUGAAACCAGCUGAGCAAACACCCCUGACCGCAUUAUACUUAGCACAACUAACAAAAGAAGCAGGUUUUCCACCCGGAGUAGUAAAUAUAGUGCCUGGUUAUGGUGACGCAGGCGAAGCGAUUGUAAAACAUCAAAAAGUCGACAAGUUAGCAUUCACAGGCUCAACAGAAGUAGGAUUAAAGAUACAGCAACUAUCCGGAGUUGGAAAUUUAAAGCGUACUACUUUGGAACUCGGCGGAAAGUCGCCGAAUAUUAUCCUGGCGGAUGUGGAUGUCCCACAGGCAGUGGAGCAUGCGCAUCAGGCGUUGUUCUUCAACGCUGGGCAAGUAUGCACGGCAGGAUCACGGACGUUUAUUGAAGAGAAAAUUUAUGAUGAGUUUGUUGAGCGGUCCGUCGGACGAGCGAAGCAACGCGUUGUAGGCAAUCCGUUUGAUGUUAAUACCGAGCAAGGUCCGCAGGUUGACGAGAAACAAAUGAAGAAGAUUUUGGGGAUGAUUGAGAGCGGGGUUAAAGAUGGCGCGCAAUUGGGUACCGGCGGGCAGAGAUUCGGCGAUGAGGGGUACUUUAUUCAACCGACGGUGUUUUAUAAUGUUAAAGAUGAGCAUAAAAUUGCACGCGAAGAGAUUUUUGGUCCGGUACAACAACUAAUCAAGUUCAAAAACCUGGAUGAGAUUAUAGAAAGAGCUAAUAAUACGAAUUAUGGUCUAGCAGCUGCGGUGUUCUCGAAAGAUGUUGAUAAAAUCAAUUAUUUGGUGCAGGGAUUACGCGCCGGUACGGUUUGGGUGAAUUGUUAUAAUAUUGUCGGGGCACAAGCACCAUUUGGAGGGUUUAAAGACUCCGGGCACGGCAGGGAAAAUGGCGAGUAUGGACUCAGACAAUACACGGAAGUUAAAAGUGUUAUUACCGCUGUACCGCAGAAAAACUCGUAAUAAAAAUCAAAAUUUUCUAAA